AUGUCUUCCGUGGAAAUUUGCUCUUAUCUCCAGCCGAAGUGUCAAAACUACGACGAAAAUUACGACAAUGAGCCCAGCAACGAUUCUGAACUCAACAGAAAUCUCGGGCCUCAUAGCCGAUGGCUGACCUUGAUCUUUCGAGAUGGCGGCUGCCAAUGGUGGAUCAAAAUCAUAGUCAUUGGUAGAUUGACUCAGUUUCGACCACUGAAAAAAGUCCGAUGCGAUGAAUUCACGCAGUUUGCCAAAUCUAUCGACUAUCGCGCUCUUCCUCUCCUAGAUGAUACCGUGACCAAGGUUUCGUUGACCAUUUCCAAGGAGACGCAUAAUUCUGUCAAAUUUCGACAUGGCUGCAAGUUACAAGACAAUGCUUAUGCAACCAUUGCACAUAAAAUGAAUUAUGAGAUUACAGAAGACCCGAAGAGGGUUUUCUAUCCUGUCUGCUCCUCACUCUCACUACGCAGAAUCGAUGUCAAUCAGCUGCAGUCAAAACGUGAAAUCCUUGGAGGUGUCUCCAAGGUGUUGCUUGAGAACCAAGCGUUCGCCUACAAGGAGAUCAAUCGCCCACUGUAUAUUCCGUGCGACAGCGAAUACAUCAUGAAGGAGCUCGAGGUGCUCAUGCAAUUUCAGGGUUGCUCUGGUAUUGUGCAACUAGCUGGCGUCGUCGUAUGCACUUACCCCUACAAAACGGACCCGGCUAGUGAGCGUCCCAAGGUUGUUUCUGGAUUUCUUCUCGAAUUCUGGGACCUAGGCUCGCUGGAGCAAAUUCUUCAAUCUGGCCAUAUUAAGAAAUAUUUCAAUUGGAGGGCCCGGAUGGUCCAGAUCGGAGAAGCUCUGAUCUAUAUGCAUGAGUCUCAUCGAUCUCACCUUGACUUGAAGCCAUCCAACAUAGUCAUGAACUCAAAAGGCCACGCUGCUAUCAUUGAUAUUGGCGGCAGCUGUGGCUUUACAUGGGAAUGGCUUGCGCCUGAAACGGUGGAGGAUUUGCUGAACCAACGUUUAGAGGGAAUCGAUGCCUUGCCAUUUGAUAUGCAAGUUCGGAAUGAUUCUUGGGCUUAUGGAAGAGUACUUCUGGGUGUGGCAGAACACCUUUCUGGUAGCGUUUUUGGUUAUCAACUGAUGGAUGUUGCACGACGCUUGACAGAUGCAAGUCCUGACCGUCGUAUAUCACUUAGGAAUGCUAUCAUGCUGCUGAGCAAGAUGAACGGGGGCGAUUCGAUACUGAACGGACGCUUACUGCGAUGUUAG